GCACAGACUGAAAACCCUUUUUUAAACUCUGCACUUCUUCAUCAAACCGGCAGUUGGCUCCGCCUACUUCUCCAUGGCAACCAGCCUCUGAGUGCAGAGAAGCAAUAACUGUAAUACUUACCCUUUUAAAACACAAACACACAAUUAAACAUAACAUCUGUAAACCAAAAAUUCAUACUUCAUUACAAUUUGUUUUAUUGUUGUGUUUUAUAUUGUCUGUUUUGCCUGGGCUUGGCGCCAUGUAAGCCGCCCCGAGUCCCCUUGGGGAGAUGGGGCGGGUUUAAAAAUAAAAUUAUUAUUAUUAUUAUACCCACCCCUCCAUGUACUCAGUUCCCUGAACUGAGUCUGUCUGUAAAUCACACCUACUAACUCGUAACGUCACUCCUUACUUACUUAGGCGAUUCCCCCAUUGUCCAGCCUUCCAAGUGUAGUGCCUUGGCGAUGGGCCCCACCAGUUCUCCCAGUCCUCUCACUCUGAAUGUCAUCUGAGAGAAGAGGUGGAUGUAUCUUCAUCCAGACUGAAGGCAGCCUAGAAGCGCAGAACCAAGAUGGAAGGGCAAGAGCCAGCUGCCUCCCAGUUAGAAGUAUGUUUUUCUACUAUUGAGGAAGAGAACAAUAAAGCAUUCUGGGAGGACUCUUGGAAGAAAGACCGGGAGAGCAGUCCGCUCCAUCCAGUCCUUCAGGGCCAGCACGUCCAGCAUUUCCGCUAUGAGGAGGCCUUGGGGCCCCGGGAGGUUUGCAGCCGCCUCCACUCUCUCUGCCGCCUGUGGCUGAAGCCAGAGCGACACUCCAAGGCGGAGAUGCUGGACCUGGUGCUCCUGGAGCAGUUCCUGGCCGUCCUUCCUGCGGAGAUGGAGCACUGGGUGAGGGAAUGUGGGGCAGAGACCAGUUCCCAGGCCAUGGCUUUGGCUGAAGGAUUCCUCCUGAGUCGGGCAGAGGAGAGGAAGCAGGAGAAGCCCCAGGUGCAGGACUCUUGUACAGAUGGGAUCAACCAGGUGGAGGAGUCUCCUUCAGACACCAUGUGCGUUGCCCAGAUUGGAGAAGGCAAAUCUAUCACAGUUGGCAGUGAAACAUGGCCAAGUGAUAGUAGCACAACUUUUCACAAUUCUUUCCUAAGAAGAGAUUCUGCAGGACCAGAUCGGGUGACUUUUGAAGAUGUGUCUGUGGAUUUCUCAGAGGAGGAGUGGGCCCUCUUGGAUCCGAGCCAAAAAGCCUUGCACCAGCAAAUCAUGGAGGAGAAUCUGGGGAUUGUGUCAUCUCUGGGAGAAAGGCCAUUGAAAUGGUUGCAGUGUAAAAAGAGCUUCAAUCAAAAGAAACGCCUUAUUCAUCAGGCAACUCACAAAAGAGAAAGGCUGUGCAAAUGCUUGCAAUGUGGAAAGAGCUUCAGUCACAAGAAUGUCCUUAUUAUUCAUCAGGCAACUCACACAGGGGAGAAGCCAUUUAAAUGCUUGCAGUGUGGAAAGAGUUUCAGUCACAAGCACGACCUUAUUAGUCAUCAAACAACUCACACAGUAGAGAAGCCAUUUGAAUGCCUGCAGUGUGAAAAGAGCUUCAGUCUAAAGGGAAGCCUUAUUCGUCAUCAGGCCACUCACACAGGAGAGAAACCAUUCAAAUGCUUGCAGUGUGAAAAGAGCUUCAGUCGGAAAUCAUACCUUAUUCGUCAUAAGGCAUCUCACACAGGAGAGAAACCAUUUAAAUGCUUGCAGUGUAAAAAGGGCUUCAGUCAAAAGCAGCACCUUAUUACUCAUCAGGCAACUCACACAGGAGAGAAGCCAUUUCAAUGCUUUCAGUGUGAAAAGAGCUUCAGUCUAAAGGGAAACCUUAUUAGUCAUCAGGAAAUUCACAAAGGAGUGAAGCCAUUUCAAUGCUUGCAGUGUAAAAAGUGCUUUAGGCGCAAGAACAUUCUUAUUAGUCAUCAGGCAACUCACACAGGAGAGAAGCCAUUUCAAUGCUUUAAGUGUGAAAAGAGCUUCAGUCUAAAGGGAAACCUUAUUAGUCAUCAGGAAAUUCACAAAGGAGUGAAGCCAUUCAAAUGCUUGCAGUGUGAAAAAAGCUUCAGUCACAAGCACGUCCUUAUUCGUCAUCAGGCAAUUCACACAGGAGACAAGCCCUUUCAAUGUUUGCAGUGUGAAAAUUGCUUCAGUGAAAAAAGCAGUCUUAUACGUCACCAGGCAACUCACACAGGAGUGAAACCAUUUCAGUGCUUGCAGUGUGAAAAGAGCUUCAGUCAAAAGGUAAAUCUUAUUCGUCAUCAGGCCACUCACACAGGAGAGAAGCCAUUUAAAUGCUUGCAGUGUGGAAAGAGCUUCAGUCGAAACUCAAACCUUGUUUGCCAUCAGGCAACUCACAAGGGAGAGUAACCAUUUAAAUGCUUGCAAUGUGAAAAGGGCUUCAGUCACAAGCACACCCUUAUUAGUCAUCAAGCAACUCACACAGGAGUAAAGCCUGUUAAAGGAUAUCAGUGUGAAAAGAGCUUCAGUCACAAGCACGUCCUUAUUAGUCAUCAGGCAACUCACACAGGAGAGGAGCCAUUUAAAUGCUCAGUGUGAAAAGAGCUUCAGUCGGAAAUCACACCUUGUUUGUCAUUAAGCAACUCAAGGCAGAGGAAAACUAUCUGUUUUCCAUCUGUCGGGGGUGCUUUGAAUGCGAUUUCUUGCUUCUUGGCAGGGGUUUGGACUGGACAGCCCAUGAGGUCUCUUUCAACUCUACUAUUCUACUAGAGUGUGUAAAGAUCUGCAGUUGAAACACAAGCCUUCUUUUUUAAUUGUCAACCUAUACGGAAGAAAUGGGGUAAAGGGAAGAUCAUUUGUUUUACAUCAGAGUGGGCAUGAAUCUUUGUUAUAGAAACACUAAGUUAAAAAGCAAUGGCUUUUGGGGAAAAUAAUAAUCUGACCAAUAUCUCAUUAAGCAUAACUAAUAUUUUGAGAGCUAAAGGAAGGAUAUUUCAAGUUUUCUUUUAGCCAUUCAUGAACAUUGGUUACUGCAAAUAUUUCCUGUCAUGUAUAUUCAGGGUUACUUUUGGACUUUACCUGGACAUUGCAACACAAUACUUCCAUUCAGGUGGGGAAAUCACCUCUCCCUAUCCUUGGGGAAGAACCAGUUUCACCACCCUGCGCCUUUGAUGAACAGGACUUCUCGCAUCAGAAGGAAUCUGCAUGACUACAGCCAAACCCCAACCUCUGUCAUUUUGCAUAAUUGUAUUAAUAUAUUAUGUUUUGUUUCUCUGGGGCCUGGAAUCACCAGCCCAGCCCUAUUAAUGGGCCAUGUCAUGUACAUCUAAUAAGACAAUAGCAUUCCUGGGUAGGGCCAGAAAAUGCCCUCAAUCACUUUGUUAUUUUUCCUGUUCAGUAAAAGGAGCCCCAUUCAUCAAUGCUUAAUCAUCCCUUGUCCCAGCCCAUGCUGGCCAGUGAGCCAAGCCCCUCUCUGUGACUGGUCAGAAUUCAAGGCUUGGCUGCAGGCUAUGUAUAAAAAGGGCUCUGAAACUGUAUUCUGUAUGCUAUCUACUUUAUGAAUGUAUCACUAGCUAACAUCUUACCUGCAGAUAAUAACAUUUUCCUUGGCUGAAAAUCACCUUCUCUCCUUGCUUGCUGGCUAAUUUCAGUUGGGCCUAAUCUAUUUGCUCACCAAAGCAGGGACUCACUCAAAAUGGGCAGCUCAGGCGGAUCACUUGCCUGGGUUUCUGCCAACAGGCUUCUCCCUGGUCUCCCUGCCAGGGGUUGCCUCCUAAAAUGGGGCCAACAAGUAUCUUAGGCGAUCCCUCGUAGCUCGAGGACGAUUGUCUUCCAUCCUUGGUGUCUUGGGGGUGGGUUCUUAAGUGGCUGAAGAGACCUAUUCUUGACCCGCAUAUUCUCCCGCAGUGAGAACAUCGGUUUCCAGGUGGAAGGCGGUCCCGGUCGGGGUUAGCUUGACGCUCCUUCCUCUUGGCAUGUUUCUCCCUUAAGCCCUCUGUUCAUGCCUCUUCGAACUCCGCAGCACUGCUGGUCACAGCUGACCUCCAAUUAGAGCGCUCAAGGGCCAGGGCUUCCCAGUUCUCAGUGUCUAUGCCACAGUUUUUAAGGUUGGCUUUGAGCCCAUCUUUAAAUCUCUUUUCCUGCCCACCAACAUUCCGUUUCCCAUUCUUGAGUUCGGAGUAGAGGAGCUGCUUUGGGAGACGGUGAUCGGGCAUUCGGACAACGUGGCCAGUCCAGCGGAGUUGAUGGCGUAGGAGCAUCGCUUCAAUGCUGGUGGUCUUUGCUUCUUCCAGCACGCUGACAUUUGUCCGCCUGUCUUCCCAAGAAAUUUGCAGGAUUUUCCCGAGGCAACGCUGAUGGAAACACUCCAGGAGUUUGGUGUGACGUCUGUAGACAGUCCACGUUUCGCAGGCGUAGAGCAGGGUUGGGAGGACAAUGGCUUUGUAAACAAGCACCUUGGUCUCUCUACGGAUGUCCCGGUCAUCAAACACUCUCUGCUUCAUACGGAAAAAUGCUGCUCUCGCAGAGCUCAGGCGGUGUUGUAUUUCAGUGUCAAUGUUGACUUUUGUGGAGAGGUGGCUGCCAAGGUAGCGGAAAUGGUCAACAUUAUCUAAUGUGACACCGUUAAGCUGUAAUCCUGGCAUUGCAGAGGGAUUAGCUGGUGCCUGUUGGAAGAGCACUUUGGUUUUCUCGAUGUUCAGUGAGAGGCCGAGCUUCUCGUAUGCUUCUGCAAAGGUGUUUAGAGUGGCUUGUAGGUCUUCUUUUGAAUUCGCACAGACUACGUUGUCAUUGACAUAUUGGAGUUCUAUAACAGAUGUUGCGGUGACCUUGGUUUUGGCUUUCAGUCUGCUGAGGUUAAAUAGCUUGCCAUCUGUCCGAUAGAUGAUUUCCACUCUGGUGGGAAGUUUCCCAUCAACAAGGUGAAGUAUCAUAGCGAUGAAGAUGGAGAAUAAGGUAGGGGCAAUAACACAUCCCUGCUUGACACCUGAUUCCACCUUAAAUGGGUCACUUUGGGAGCCGUUGCUGUCCAAGACUGUUGCCAUCAUGUCAUCAUGGAGGAGCCGCAGGAUGUUCACAAAUUUGUCAGGGCACCCGAAUUUUUGGAGGAUGGUCCAGAGAGCGCUGCGAUUCACUGUGUUGAAUGCCUUUGCAAGGUCAAUGAAUGCCAUGUACAAAGGUUUGUUUUGUUCCCUGCAUUUUUCUUGGAGCUGUCGAGCAGUGAAGUUCAUGUCCACUGUUCCUCUGGAGGGGCGGAAGCCAUUCUGGGAUUCUGGGAGGGUGUCUUCUGAGACAGGGAGAAGGCGGUUUGCAAGGAUUCUUGCAAGGAUUUUCCCGGCGGAGGUUAGAAGGGAGAUACCACGAUAGUUCCCGCAGUCUGUUCUGUCCCCUUUCUUGGAAAGGGUGAUGAUGGUGGCAUCCUGCUGGGAUUUUCUCGGUCAUCCACACUUUUUCAAUGAGCUGGUGGAGUUGUUGUAUCAGCUCGGGUCCACCCUCUUUGAAGAUUUCAGCAGGAAUCCCAUCAGGUCCGCUGGCUUUGUUGUUUUUUUGUUGGCUGAUGGCAUUGCUGACUUCUUCCAAACUAGGCAGUGCUGCAAGCUCAUCCCUGGUUUGUUUUUGCGGGAUUUAUGAGAGGGUCUCUUCGGCCACAUUGGAGCUGCGAUUCAGCAGGUUCUGGUAGUGCUCUUUCCAAGGUAGUGCAAUUGAUGUUUUGUCCUUCAGAAUUUUGGUUCCAUCUGAUGAGCAUAGGGGCUGUAUGCCAUGGUUUCUUGGUCCAUAAAUGAUAUUUGUGGCUUUGAAAAAUCUCUGAGCGUCAUGGGUAUCUGCAAGGUGUUGGAUUUCUUCAGCCUUCUUUGUCCACCAGAUGUUCUUGAGUUCUCUGGUCCUUGGACCAGAUGGUUGCCUGUUGGACCUCAGCUUUUGCACUGGCAUAGAUCUUUUUCUUGGCAGCACAGUUGGUGUCUCUCUGCCAUGUUUGGAAGGCUUUCCUUUUGUUAUCAAUUAGCUGUUGGAUCUCUGUCGUUAUCAUCAAACCAGUCUUGAUGUUUCUUAGUUUGGUAUCCAAUGGUUUCUUCGCAGGCUGUGAUGAUGGAGGUCUUCAGUUUGUUCCAAUGUUCCUCAACAUUUUCGGGGUGUUCUGUGGGUAGAUGAUCUUUGAGUGUUGUUUGGAGAAGGGCUCGUUUGGAGGGCUCCUGAAGGGCUUGGGUGUUCAUUUUGCGCCUUGUUUUUCUUCCUUGGAGUCUGCGUUUGGGGACGAUCUUGAUAGCCAUCGUGGAUCGGAUUAACCUGUGGUCUGUCCAGCAGUCAUCAGCACCUGUCAUGGCUCUUGUGAGAAGCACAUCGCGGCGGUCUCUGGCACGUGCGAUAACAUAGUCCAAGAGGUUCCAAUGCUUUGACCGGGGGUGCUUCCAUGAUGUCCUGAGCUUGUUUUUCUGGCGGAAGAGCGUGUUGGUGAUGACAAGGUUGUGCUCUCCGCAUUUGGUGAGAAGCAAGAUGCCAUUCGAGUUGCUGUUCCCGACCCCGUCUUUUCCUAUUAUCCCUGGCCACAGGUCAGAGUCCCUUCCGACUCUUGCAUUAAGGUCCCCCAGGAGGAUGAUUUUGUCCUCCUUAGGUAUCUCCGAUAGGAUGGUGUCCAGCUGACAGUAAAAAUUUUCCUUGAUGUCUUCGUCAGCAUCUAGAGUUGGUGCAUAGGCGCAUAUGAUGGUUGCCUGUUGGUUUGGGGCAAGGUUAAUUUGGAGGGUUGAGAGUCGUUCGUUGAUGCCAGUGGGUGCUUCAGUCAGGUGCUUCACCAGGUCGUUUCUUCGCUCUUCUUCAGGCAGUCCCUUCCAGAAGAAGGUGUAGCCUCCCUUUUCUUCCUUCAGCUGUCCCUCUCCUGCUCUCCGGAUCUCCUGAAGGGCUGCUAUGUCGAUCUUAAAGCGUCCCAGCUCCCUUGCAAUGAUAGCAGUCCUGCGUUUGGGCGUUCGCUGUCAGUGUUAUCUAACAAUGGCCGUACGUUCCAUGUUCCAAAGUUCAUUUUUCUUUUUUGGCCGCAGAGUGGUGACCCCUCUGGACGCGGCAGUCCAGUCAGGGUAGGAGAGGCAGACUAUGUUUAGGGCACCUUUUCUAGCCCCUUCCCCGUGUGGGGUGAGCAGAGCGGAUCCUAAAAAGGGCUGCUCAGUCAUGGAUACAGCUGCCGGACUACUCAACUGCCUUGGUCCUUGAGGUAGAACGACUGAGUCCAUAUCCACUGCCCAUGUGCCAGUCUGUGACUAGGGGCUUCCAGAUUUCACAGUCCUGCCCCCGUCGCCACUCGCUGAUCGCCAUGGGGCUUUUGUAGGUUUGUUUUUAUUUUUAUUGGAAGACGCCUGUGUGUGAUUUUUUUUAAUGUGUGGAGGUCGGUGCACAGCCAGUCAACACACAGUCUUCACAGAGUGAGGUUCUGUGAUGACUCAUGGGCCUUGUAGUCCUGUUCCUAGUACUAUUGUGGCAGACGAAGAGGAAAACAUGGGAUUUUCGCCGGUUCAGCAAGAGCCGGAGCCUCUUCACCUGCAGGAUGUUGACGUUUGCCCUCAAGAAUUCAGUCAAACAGGCCUUGGGCAGAGCUCCCCCCCGUUUUCCAGGAGGGAAAAUUAUACUAAAGAUAGGGGAGUCAGGGAGGCUAAUCGCAGAAGCCUGAGAAUCGCUGCCAAACAAAUGGCUGAUUAGGUCUGCUUCCCUUGGGAAAUUCUAAGGAGUCAUGCAUCUGGACAGAGUUGGGUUUCGCUUCUCGUUCUCUAGGGAAAGAGUUCUGUUGGCGGGAAAACGAGACCCAAUAUAAGUGUUUGGCGCACGAAUACUUUGCGGAGUCAAUUGAUCAGCUUGAGGAGAGGGAUCGUGUGUGGACUUCGUAAUCCCAGUUCCUUGCUUCCCGGAUCAAGCUUCAAGCCUUUGCCUUGUCUCACGGUUUUGCCACGGACUUUGUUUCAUGCUUCAUGUUUGCCUCGUUUUAAGUCUCGGAUCAAGUCAAGAAUCAAGUUUAUUUCCAGCCUUGUUGUCAAGCUUCAUUGGACUUUAAAGACUCUGUUAUUUCCCCACACUAUUGCUUGGCAAAGUGUGUGUUUCGGUCAAGUGGAUUAAAACUUUGAACUCUAAUAUCUUAUAUUGGACAAUACAUUUCUGGACUAUAUUUGACCUCAUCUGAAAGGUCUGCUUCUGAACUUUAUUCUUCACUUGUUUUUAUUGAUUUUAUAUAUUUCUUUAAUAAAGAUAUUAGAUAGAGA